AUGCAAAAUGAUGGAAUGUGCAAUCCACCCCAUGGAACCUAUUGCUGUCCCAAAAUGAGGCGAGAUGUGGUCCGUGAACUUCACGGGUCCCUUUCCGGUGGCACAGCUGCAGAAGCCGACCUGAAGGAGGUAAAUGAAAAUCGAUGGCAUGCGAACGACCUUCAAAGUGUGAAGGCGGACGUUUACCGCGCGUAUCAUGUCGUACGUAAAAACAAGGUUCCAGCGCAGAACGUAAUUACAUUCGCCUACGACGAUAUUGCAAACAAUCCCAGCAUCUUCAAGGUGCCUAGCUGCCAUGACACACGAAGGUUGAACGAGUUCUUGUUUACCGCCAUGUUUCCCAAGCCUAGACAGAAGCGGUCGGGAGUCAAAGGUAGGGCUGGAACUACGGAACUUACGGUCGGCAAAGUGUUCCAUGACUACCAGCACGUCGAUAUCUACCAUGGUGUGAUAAUUGACUACCGAGGAAAGGAUGUCACACGAGAUAACUUCGUGAAAGUAUUAAAGGGCGAUGAUAAACUUGAAGCCAACAAGAAGGUGCUAAAAAGCGGUCCUAAUGACAACGUAUUCAUCUUCUACACUGGACAUGGUGGGACUUCGCAUAUCACCUUCCCCAAAGAAUAUCUGCACGCCAUGGAGUUGAACGAUACCCUCGCCUACAUGCAUUCCAAAAAAAUGUUCAACAAAUUGGUGCUAUACGUGGAUUCUUGCAACGCUGGCUCUAUGUUUCGCGAUGUUCUUCCUUCAAAUAUGGGAAUCUACGUGACAACAGCAGCCAAGGAAGAUGAACUAUCCUAUUCUUUGUUUUGUUUGGACAAUGAAAUCGAUGUUUGUCUAGCGGACGAAUACUCGUAUGUCUGGCUAUUAGAUUCGGAAUACAAUGAUCUAAAAACGCAUACGCUGGAGGAACAAUACGUGCAGGUGAAAAGGGAUACAAUGUUAAGUCAUGUGAUGAAAUACGGUGAAAUGGCGAUGGGACGUCUCCCAGUUGGAAAAUUCCAAGGUCAUUAUGAUUUACCGAUGCACCGGAACGAUGGGAGAUAUGUACCCCAACACACAACUCAUCUAAUGGAGUUGUGCAAAGCCGGAUACAAUCCCGAAACUCUCAUUGAGUCUGUCCACAACGUCUGUUCCUAACGGCGGCACAUCGUGCUGUGUGAAUUUGCAUAAAUAAACUGACUUCCAAC